ACCGCCAAACACCUUACCCUAAACCGCUCUCUCGUCGCGCAGUCGCCCUGCACCGCCGCCAUGGAUGACCUUUACGACGAGUUCGGAAACUUUAUUGGAGAGGUCGAGUCCGAGGAGGAAUCCGACCAUGGCGCCGCGGCGGCCGACGCCUACGUCUACGAUGAGGAGCCCGAGGACGACGAGGCGCCCGUCAACGACCAGCAGCUCAUGGAGCUCGACGACGAAGGCCCGUCCAAUGCCGUGAUCCUGCACGAGGACAAGCAGUACUAUCCCACGGCGCAACAGGUCUACGGUCCCGAUGUCGAGACGAUGGUGCAGGAGGAGGACACGCAGUCCUUGGCGCAACCCAUCAUUGCGCCCGUAGUGCAAAAGAAGUUCACCGUGGAGGAGGCCGACCUACCGCCCGUCCGGUUUGCGCGCGACUUCAUGACCGACCUCAUGAACUACCCCGACCAAGUGCGCAACGUCACCUUGGCAGGACACUUGCAUCACGGAAAGACGGCGUUUAUGGACAUGCUGGUUAUGGAGACGCACGAAAUUCAAGACAGGUUGGAUAAGAGGACAGGCCGGAGCCGGGACGAACAGCUGCGGUACACGGACACACAUCUGUUGGAGCGCGAGCGCGGCGUUUCAAUCAAAUCGGCGCCAAUGAGCUUGGUUCUGCAAAACAGCAAGGGCAAGUCCCACCUGGUCAACAUCUUGGACACACCCGGACAUGUCAACUUUGUCGAUGAAGUGGCUUCGUCUGUUCGGUUGGCGGACGGUGUUGUUUUGGUCGUGGAUGUUGUCGAGGGCGUUCAGAUCAACACUGAGCAAGUCAUUAAGCACUGCGUGUUGGAGGGCAAGGCGCUCACCCUGGUCAUCAACAAGAUGGACCGCCUAAUCCUGGAACUCAAGCUUCCCCCCGCAGAUGCUUAUUUCAAGCUCAAGCACGUCGUCGAGGAGGUCAACACUGUUAUCGAAAACACUCUGCCUGGCCAAGGAGAGAAGUACCGUCUCAGCCCCGAAAAGGGCAAUGUUGCUUUUGCUUGCAGCAGCAUGGGAUGGUGCUUCACUCUCCCCUCGUUUAGUAAGAUGUACGUCGACAGCUACCCCGGUUCCGGUAUCAACGCCGAGGAUUUCAGCAAGCGUCUAUGGGGCGACAUCUACUUCAACCCGCGGAGUCGGAAGUUCACCAGGAAGCCGAAGGAGGAGGGUGCGAAGCGGUCAUUCGUUAACUGGGUGUUGGAGCCCAUCUACAAGCUCUUCUCGCACACCAUCAGUGAGAGCCCAGAUGAUCUCAAAGGAACGCUAGCCAGUCUCGGAAUCCACCUCAAACCCUCCCAGUACAAGACCGAUGCUCGUCAGCUGCUCAAGCUAGCGUGCGAGCAAUUUUUUGGGCCCGCCACAGGUUUCGUGGACAUGAUCACACAGCACGUUCCCUCGCCAGUAGAGGGAGCAAGGAAAAUGCUGGAAAGGUAUUACACUGGUCCGCUUGACACGAAGACGGCGAAGGCUAUUGAAGAGUGCGACCAGGAUGGCCCGCUGGUUGUUCACGUCACGAAGUUGUUCAAUUCUACCGACGCAAAGACUUUCCACUCCUUCGGUCGCGUGCUCAGUGGUAUCGCAAAGCCUGGUGAUCAGGUCAGGGUUUUGGGAGAAGGUUACACCAUCGAGGACGAGGAAGAUAUGGUCAUGGCAACCAUCAGUGAUGUGUGGAUUGCCGAGUCAAGAUACAAUGUGCCGACCAGCGGUGUGCCAGCCGGUAGUUGGGUGUUGCUUGGAGGCGUAGACAACUCCAUUGUCAAGAGUGCCACCAUAGUGGCGCCCAAGCUUCCGGACGACGAAGAUGCGUACAUCUUCCGGCCAGUCAAACACCUUUUCGAGUCCGUCUUCAAGGUCGCCGUUGAGCCCAUCAACCCAUCUGAACUUCCCAAGAUGCUUGACGGUCUCCGCAAGAUCAACAAAUCUUACCCUCUCGUCACCACCAAGGUGGAGGAGUCUGGUGAGCACGUUAUCCUCGGUACCGGCGAACUGUACAUGGACUGCGUGCUGCACGACCUUCGUCGAUUGUACGCUGAAAUGGAGAUCAAGGUCUCCGACCCCGUGACCCGUUUCUGCGAGACCGUCGUCGAGACGUCCGCCAUCAAGUGCUACGCUCUCACGCCGAACAAGAAGAACAAGCUGACUAUGGUCGCGGAGCCGUUGGAUCCUGGCAUUGCGGAAGAUAUCGAGGCCGGCAAAGUCAACAUCAAGGACCCAGUUCGGGUGGUUGGUAAAUUUUUCGAGGAGAACUACGGCUACGACUUGCUCGCCUCGCGCAACAUCUGGGCCUUUGGACCCGACGACAUGGGCCCCAACAUCCUGCAAAACGACACGCUCCCAUCGGACGUGGACCAGAAGCAGCUGCGCAGCGUGCGCGACACGAUCCGGCAAGGCUUCAGCUGGGCGACGCGCGAAGGCCCGCUCUGUGAGGAGCCGAUCCGCAACGCCAAGUUCCGCAUCAUGGACGUGUCGCUCGCGCCCGAGCCCAUCUUCCGCGGCGGUGGCCAGAUCAUCCCUACCGCGCGCCGCUCCUGCUACUCUGCCUUCUUAAUGGCGAGCCCGCGCCUCAUGGAGCCUGUGUACAACUGCAGCAUGAUUGGCCCCGCUGACGCUGUUAGCAGCUUGUACACUGUGCUGGCGAGGCGGCGCGGCCAUGUGCUCCAGGACGGCCCUAUCGCUGGUACGCCGCUGUACAAGGUGCAGGGCCUCAUUCCAGUGAUUGACUCGUUUGGCUUCGAGACGGACCUUCGAAUCCACACCCAAGGCCAAGCAACCGUCUCCCUCGUCUUCGACCGCUGGAGCAUCGUCCCCGGCGAUCCGCUCGACAAGGACAUCAAGCUGCGGCCGCUCGAGCCAGCCAGCGCACAGGCAACGGCGCGCGACUUCGUGCUCAAGACGCGGCGCCGCAAGGGCCUGGCCGAAGACGUCACCAUCUCGAAGUUCUUGGAGCCGGAGCUGUUUAGGAGCUUGAAGGAUAGCGGCAUUCUGGAUGGUUGAGCGUAGGUGCUGUGAAGGAGGUUGGGACUGCGGCUGGGGCUGGGGCUGGGCCUGGGCCUGGGGCUGGGAAAUGGCAGAGGAAAAAGAAGCGCAGCGCGCAUUGCGCUCUGUUGCGCUGCGCUGUGCUGUGCCGUCGUGGGGAUGAACGGCCGGAUACUGCAUCGCCUGCAGGGCAUGGGCAGCGGGUGGUUUUUUGGUGGUUGGCGUUUUCGGCGCUGUAAUUUUCUUUUUUGGGAGGCGGGCACGCGGGCGCCGCGCCCUGCGCCUGAUGCGUGCGUGCGUGCGUGUAUGUUGUGUAUGUAUGGAAGUAUGUAUUCGGCGCAGCAGAGGAGAAAGAGGAUUCUGCGUGCGCUGCUGGUGGGUGGGCGCGCAAGAAGGAACAAUAAAAGACUACCUGCUACC